UAUUUGUUCAUUUCUUGAUAUACAGAAGAGAAGAAAUUAGUUUGUUUUGAGUUUUUGAUAUACAGAAGAUGAGCUCAGAAAGAACAACAUCGCAAUGUUUCUUCCGACAAAAUAAAUAUUUCAGGAUGUUGUUUCCAAAGAGCUCAAAUUUGUCAUCUGCAUUAUGGAAUAACUUUGAGUCAUCAUUAACCGAGAGAUUGAAGAAACUCAUACCUCAAAACAAAGAUGAGAUUCUCACCUUACCUUGGAUGAUUUUUGCGAUGGAAUUACUCUAUGAUACACAUAAUGACAUAAACAUCUUCAUCACUAAUCUCAAGCUUCAUGAUAUAACUGAUUGGUCUGAUGUUUACCUGGAUAUAACCGUUAAAUUUAUGGAUUUUUGUAACGCUAUAAGCUCCUUGCUUGGUUGCAUCGACCAUUGUAUUUUACGCUUUAAGGUCCUUUGGCAUAAACUAGAAAUGAAAUCUGAGGAGGAACAAUGCAAUGAGAGUUGUUCUACUCUUAAUAGUUGUAGGAAAGAUAUUACGGCAGAAAUCCGGAAAUACCACACAGUUCUUGGGAGAUAUGUUGAAUCAUUAAACUUGUACAGAUGUGUUUGUAACAGUUUUGUCGAAUUCAGACAAAGAUGUUUUUCCAAUAAAUGUCUCAAAGCAGUCAUUGUGGGAAAAAGAUUUCUUGAAUUUGCAGACUAUUAUGGUGAUGAUGUUCUUGUUCAUGAGUCGGUCGAGGAAUCUAAUGGGGAAGGGAAAGAAGAAAUCGAGAAAUUGGAUCAUGAGCUAGAUGAACUAUCAAGGAGAAUUCGCAACUUAUUUAGUAUAACCUUAAAAGGACGUGACACCAUUUGUGAAGGUUUGUUGAGUGAAUUCACUCAUGCAUGA